AGCCCAUGAAGGACACAGUUGCCACCCACAAUUACAAUAGUCACCAUUCCCAACCAGUUUCAGCUUUGGUGCCUUUUAGUUGUCCCGAUACAUAUAUGAUGGGAGAUGAUCAUUGUUGACGAGGAGUCCACAGGUCCCAGGGUUCACGAUUGUGAUCCCGGACCCAGUGGGGUCAUGGCCGUGGCGCGCCGCCCUUGUCCAUCCCACCUGGCCGAUAAUUAUUGUCGGGAGGUUGACUCAUGUCAACUUGUGAUAUUUACUGCCUGGGGCCAUACUUCCCAAGGCCUCGACUCUCAAUUGAAUACUAUCGUAUCCAGGACCCCCUCGUACGAAUACCAGACCAAUCCGUCCGUCGAAUCAUGACUACAACCGCCCAAGGGCCCCCGCCCCGCGUCGGCGUGGCAGCCGUCAUCCGCAACUCGGAGGGCAAGCUUUUGUUCGGAAAGCGUCUUAGCAGCCAUGGUGCAGGCACGUGGCAGUUCCCUGGGGGUCACCUAGACUAUGGCGAGGACUUCUUCACCUGUGCGGCCCGCGAGACGCUCGAGGAGACGGCCCUCAAGGUCAGGCCCGUCAAGCUCAUUGGCGUGACCAACAGCGUGUGGCAUGACCUUCAGAAGCACUACAUUACCCUGUUUGUGCUGUGUGAGAUGGAGGAAGCAGAUGCUCAGCCCGUUGUCACUGAACCGGACAAGUGCGAGGCCUGGUACUGGAGAGAGUGGCAGGAGGUCCGCACGUGGGCGGAGCACGACGACGACCCGGCGCCGGAGUGGGCGGAUAAGAAGUGCUUUAUGCCCAUAGUGAAUUUGGCCAGGGACCAACCGGACCUGGACCUGAGCAGGUAGUGUGGUUUGCUGGAAAUUGGGCUAUGAGAAUGAUUAGGGAGAGUGUAAAGAAUAGACACGAGAGGCAGGUUGUUGUUCGAGAAGUACGCGGGGUUUCCUGAUUGAUCCAGCCAAGACAGGGCUGUUUGUCAGCUAUGAAUCAGUCGACAAUAUGUGUGUAUUGGGUAUGUGAGACUCUCGGGUCUGAGACGUUUCUUGUGCGCAUGUUCCAUCUGAUCUAAUCUGCAGUUUGGGCCAACCUUACACUGAGCCCUCCA